UUUUUUUUUUUUUUUUUUUGAAAAAAAGGCUAAUAGAAACUCAGUUUUCAUUUCAUACGUAAUAGUAACAUUAUGGAUAUAGUUCAUAUGUGGCUUCGAAAUGCUGGUGACUGGUAAGGAUAAAAAAAAGUUGUAAACCUACUUUCUUUUCUUGUGUCCAUCUCCAUAACCAACUUCUUGUUUUGUCUUCUUUAUCUUUUCUUCAUUCAAAGGGGUUUGUGAAUAGAAACAAUGGCUAAUGCAAAGGAAACAACUCUUUACAUAACAAUCUCUGUAGUUGCUUUUGUCAUUGGUAAGAUCAUAAUAGCUCUUCUUCUCUACAAGAGAUGGAAGAGAAAACAUACAGUUCAUGAAAAUGGAUUUCCAGUUAAAGGAGGGAAGAUGGUGAUGUUUAGGUCACCAUUACUAAACUCUGUUUCCUCAGACUUGUUUAUGAAGAAGACACAUAAGCUAAGUAACAAAGACAUUCUUGGUUCUGGAGGAUUUGGAACUGUUUACAGACUAACCAUCAAUGAGUCAACAGCUUUUGCUGUGAAGAGGCUAAACAGAGGAGACUCUGAGAGAGACGGAGGGUUUCAUAGAGAGUUAGAAUCAAUGGCUGAUAUAAAACACAGAAACAUUGUUACUCUCCAUGGUUACUACACCUCUCCACACUUCAAUCUCCUCAUCUAUGAGCUCAUGCCUAAUGGAAGCUUAGAUUCUUAUCUGCACGGAAGAAAAUCUGGAGAUAGAAAGGUUUUGGAUUGGGCGGCGAGAUUAAAAAUCGCGGUUGGAGCGGCUAGAGGGAUUUCUUAUCUUCAUCAUGAUUGCAUCCCUCAUAUUAUCCAUAGAGAUAUCAAAUCUAGUAACAUACUUCUUGAUCAUAACAUGGAAGCUAGGGUUUCGGAUUUCGGUUUAGCCACUUUGAUGGAGCCAGACAAGACUCAUGUCUCAACGUUUGUUGCUGGAACGUUUGGAUACUUAGCUCCUGAGUAUUUUGAUACGGGUAAAGCGACAAUGAAAGGAGAUGUUUACAGCUUUGGAGUUGUUCUUCUUGAGCUUUUAACGGGAAGAAGACCAACAGAUGAUGAGUUUUUUGAAGAAGGAACAAAGCUUGUUACGUGGGUAAAAGGAGUGGUAAGAGACCAAAGAGAAGAGGUGGUGGUAGAUAACAGGUUAAGAGGAUCACCGGUUCAAGAGAUGAACGAUGUGUUUGGUAUAGCGAUGAUGUGUCUAGAACCGGAACCGGACGUUAGACCGACCAUGACCGAGGUCGUCAAAUUGCUUGAAUACAUUAGCCUUUAGAAAUGUUCCUUUUUCUGAUUCCUCUCUUCUGACCACAAGCUCGUGAGUGUAUGUUUUUAAGAAACUUAGGUUCUUGAUUGAACCAAUAAUAUUUCAGUUCCAAAAUAAAAGUUGCACUUCGAGAUUCGCUUCUUUGAUAAGUGGACUGGAAAGUUAAAACGUAAUUUAAAUAUUACAAAUCUAUAAUCUUUUU